CCCGCCGAACCUUUUUUUUUUAUUCCCCAGCACCGCCGUAGGAUAGAGCGGCAGUUGCAGCGGCGCCGGUAGAGGCGAUAAGUAAACCCUUCGGAUCAUAAUGGUAUCUAUCCCAGAAUACUAUGAAGGCAAGAAUGUCCUCCUCACUGGUGCUACCGGUUUCAUGGGAAAAGUUCUUCUAGAAAAGCUACUACGAUCCUGUCCAAGGGUAAAAGCAAUAUAUGUUUUGGUGAGAUAUAAAGCAGGAAAGACAUCUCAAGAAAGAGUAGAAGAAAUGAUCAACUGCAAGCUUUUUGAUAGAUUGCGAGAUGAGCAACCAGAAUUUAAACAGAAAAUUGUUCCAGUUGCUAGUGAUCUUACAGAAGUAGAAAUGGCCCUUAGUGAGGAAGACAAGAAGAAUAUUCUAAAUUACAUUAAUAUUGUAUUUCAUUGUGCUGCUACUGUAAGAUUCAAUGAAAUCCUAAGGGAUGCUGUUCAGCUCAAUGUAAUUGCAACACAACAGCUUCUCUUCUUGGCUCAGAAAAUGAAGAAUCUAGAUGUGUUUGUCCAUGUUUCAACAGCAUUUGCAUACUGCAAUCGAAAACACAUUGAGGAAGUUGUUUAUCCACCUCCUGUUGAUCCUAACAAAUUAAUAGAUUCCUUAGAGUGGAUGGAUGAUGGUCUAGUAAAUGAUAUUACGCCAAAACUAAUUGGCGAUAGACCCAAUACCUACACAUAUACAAAAGCCUUAGCAGAAUACAUUGUACAGCAGGAGGGUACAAAAUUAAAUAUUGCCAUUGUGAGGCCAUCAAUUGUGGGUGCCAGCUGGAAGGAACCUUUUCCUGGAUGGAUUGAUAACUUUAAUGGACCUAGUGGCCUUUUUAUUGCUGCAGGAAAAGGAAUUCUUAGAACAAUGCGAGCCUCGAAUAAUGCAGUUGCCGAUCUUAUUCCUGUAGAUGUAGUCAUCAAUGCAACAAUAGCUGCUGCUUGGUAUUCAGGAGUUAAUAGGUAUAACAGGCCAAGAAAUAUUAUGGUAUACAACUGUACAACCGGUGGCACUAAUCCCUUUCAUUGGGGUGAAGUUGAAUACCAUGUAAUAUCCACUUUCAAGAGGAAUCCUCUCGAACAGGCCUUCAGACGGCCCAAUGUAAAUCUAACAUCCAAUCACCUUUUAUAUCACUACUGGAUUGCUGUAAGCCAUAAGGCCCCAGCAUUCCUGUAUGAUAUCUACCUCAGGAUUACAGGAAGAAACCCAAGAAUGUUACCUAAAUUUGAUAUUCAAGAGGAAUCCUUUAGAACAUGCAAUCAGGCGUCCCAAUCUUAAAAUCCAGUCCAACCCCUUUAUUCAUCAUUAUUGGACUACAGUCGGUCACAUACUUCCUGCGUUCUUAUACGAUGUUGUUCUCAGGUUGACAGGUCAGAAACCGUGGAUGAUGAAAACAAUAACACGUCUUCACAAAGCUAUGGUGCUGUUGGAGUACUUUACAAGUAAUUCAUGGGACUGGAACACAGACAAUGUCAAUAUG